UAGCAGGACAUAUACUAAAAUUGGAACAAGGAUGCCUGGUCCAGUGGCUCAUUCCUAUAGUCCCAGGUGAGGAAGGAGGAUCACUUGAGCCCAAGAACACAAGGCUGAAUGAGGUAUGAUCUCCCCCUAUAUGUGCAACAGAGAGGGACCCUAUCUAUAAAAAAAGAUCAAAGACAAGCAUAUUCAGUUUUGGAAAAUAAGCCACAGCACAUUACUGGAAUCUUGGAGGUUGGUUUCCCUCCCUUUGAGAUCUCUGUGGACUAUUUACCUGAAAUGUUUUCUGACAGCAACCUGGUUUCCCCUCCACACCAAAGCUACUCAUUCCACCCUUUUUAGUACUCAUUAGCAUUGUGCUAAAUACUCCACAUCGGAUCGCCCACCCUAGACUUUUUCUGUCAGCAAAGACCCUGGCAGUUCCCCUGAGUUCACACACACAGCUUUUCUCCUCUCCUGUGGACAGGUGCGUCACUGGAUCCGGGUGGUGCGGAGAGCCUCGCACAGCAGCCACAGACCUGGCCCGUAUAUGUCCCCAGAACAGUGUAGGGACUCAAUUUUUCCAUCUAUGAAACUGGACCGCCCCAUACCCUCCCACGUGACCGUCCUCGGGCUGGGAGGGCACUAGGAAGGCUCUGUGAACGCCUGCCUUACUAUACAAGCGCAAGCCUGUGACACCCCCCCCAUACCCCGUCCCCAGAAUUCAGAAAGGAAGUCGGGGUGUUCGUUCUGGCUUUGCCAUUGCCUCUCGGGUGACAUGUCUGAAGCCAAUUUCUACUCUCUGGCCCGAAGGGCGUGGAAUUUUUCAAACCCACCUUGCCCUACCGUUCCUUCCGGGUGGAAGGCGAGUCUGGGACAGAGGAUUCACCCAUCCCCCGAACCUAGGAAGGUAGCCCCGCCUCACAAGAAAUCUCGCGAGAACCUGUUUUGCCACGCAAUUAGGAUGUUUGGCCUUCUUCGGUUUCUGUAGCUCCGCAUCGCCGUUCCUGAGCUAGUGCUUCCGGGUGGUGGCCGGGAAAGCCUCCGCGGUGGUGCAAGCGGAACCAAAGCCCGGAGGUUUCAGCCUUGGGAGCAUGGCCUUAUUCCGAUCGGGCCUCUUGGUGCUGACGACGCCACUGGCCUCCCUGGCCCCUCGCCUGGCCCCCAUCCUGACCUCGGCAGCCCGGCUGGUGAAUCACACACUUUAUGUACAUCUGCAGCCAGGCAUGAGCCUGGAGGGCCCGGCUCAGCCCCAGUCCAGCCCUGUGCAGGCCACGUUUGAGGUUCUCGAUUUCAUCACGCACUUCUAUACUGACGCCGAUGUCCACAGACACCUGGACGUCAGAAUCCUGCUGACCAAUAUCCGAACCAAGAGCGCCUUUAACCCUUCCCAGCCCACCUCAGUCCAGAAUCUCGCCCACCCGCCAGAAGUGGUCCUGACAGACUUCCAGACCCUGGAUGGAAGCCAGUACAAUCCAGUCAAGCAACAGCUAGUGCGUUAUGCCACCAGCUGUUACAGCUGUUGUCCACGACUGGCUUCGAUACUGCUAUAUCCUGAUUAUGGGACUGGAGAGCUGCCUGUGGAGCCCCUGGAUGUCCCCUUACCCUCUACUAUCAGGCCAGCUUCCCCCGUGGCCAGGUCUCCAAAGCAGCCGGUGCGUGGCUACCACCGCGGGGCUGUGGGUGGCACGUUUGACCGCCUGCAUAAUGCCCACAAGGUGUUGCUCAGUGUCGCAUGCGUCCUGGCCCAGGAGCAGCUUGUGGUGGGAGUAGCAGACAAAGAUCUGUUGAAGAGCAAGGUGCUCCCUGAGCUGCUCCAGCCUUAUGCAGAACGCGUGGAACACCUGAGUGAGUUCCUGGUGGACAUCAAGCCCUCCUUGACUUUUGAUAUCAUCCCCCUGCUGGACCCCUAUGGGCCCGCUGGCUCUGACCCCUCCCUGGAGUUCCUGGUGGUCAGCGAAGAGACCUAUCGUGGGGGGAUGGCCGUCAACCGCUUCCGCCUUGAGAAUGGCCUGGAGGAGCUUGCCUUGUACCAGAUUCAGCUGUUGAAGGACCUAAGCCAGAAGGAAAAUGAAGAGGACAAAGUCAGCUCCUCCAACUUACGCCAGCGAUUACUGGGAGCCCUGCUUCGGCCUCCACACAACAGGCCAGAGCUCCCCCCAUCUCUCUAUGUGAUUGGGCUGACUGGCAUCAGUGGCUCUGGGAAGAGCUCAAUAGCUAAGCGGCUGAAGGGCCUAGGGGCAUUUGUCAUCGACAGUGACCAACUGGGCCAUCGGGCCUAUGCCCCAGGUGGCCCUGCCUACCAGCCUGUGGUGGAGGCCUUUGGAGCAGAUAUUCUCCAUAAAGAUGGCAUUAUCAACAGGAAGGUCCUAGGUAGCCGUGUGUUUGGAAACAAGAAACAGCUGAAGAUACUCACAGACAUUAUGUGGCCAAUUAUUGCAAAGCUGGCCCGAGAGGAGAUGGAUCAGGCUGUGACUGAGGGAAAGCACGUGUGUGUGAUUGAUGCUGCUAUGCUGCUUGAAGCCGGCUGGCAGAAUAUGGUACAUGAGGUGUGGACUGUUGUCAUCCCAGAGACUGAGGCUGUACGGCGCAUCGUGGAGAGGGAUGGCCUGAGUGAAGCUGCAGCUCAAAGCCGGCUGCAGAGCCAGAUGAGUGGGCAGCAACUGGUGGACCAGAGCCACGUGGUGCUGAGCACCUUGUGGGAACCACAGAUCACCCAACGCCAAGUGGAGAAAGCCUGGGCCCUCCUGCAGGAGCGCAUCCCCAAGACUUGUCAGGCCCUUGACCGCAAAUGAGUUCAACGUGGGCCACGUUUGCCCCUAGAGCUGAUGAGAUCCAGGGGUGAGGAGAAGUGGAGGCCUUGAUGCUCACCCUGGCUCAGGGCUAGAGGUCUCCAGGCUAAGCUGUGCAGGACAUGGCUGGGCCUGGUGGACACAGGCAAUCUACUGACCAUGCUGGGGGUCUGCAAGCACCGAGAAUGUGGCUGGUGGAGAACAGGCCCUGCUGGGGUUCCAUCCCCACUCUUGCCCCAGUGUGCCUGAUAUCCACAGCUGACUGGAGUCAGGACAAAUACUGAACUUGUAACAUAAUUAAAGGUGAAUGUUUUCACCUGGCA